AUGACUUGGUUUCCUGACGGUGAGGCAUCUGACUCUCAUCCUUCCGACGACCUUUCCUCCUCGUUAGACGAAGAUGCCGAGGAGAAUACAUUACAGAAAAGACCCAAAAAGCACAAGACUGUCGUAACUGGGGACGACGAUUGGGGAACAAAUACAAAGAAGAACAGUCGUCGCGUAUAUAACAUAGAAAACUAUUACCAACACGAGCGGUAUUCUCGGCGUGCGCGUACUGUAAAAAGCUAUAAUGAAGAUCUUUUAGACAAGCAACUAAAAGAAUUGGUCGAGUCAGAUGACGAAAUAGAUGGCGCAUACGAUGCGGCACAAGAGGAAGAGGGAGACGCCAUAGAAAGUAUACACGAUAUACGCCGUAAGGAAGUCUCUGACCCGGUCGAGUCGGAUGACCCCAAGACGAAUAUGGAGUUUCUUAUAAAAUGGAAAGGCUGGUCACACCUUCACGACACAUGGGACACAUACAACAACCUCCGCACCUUCAAAGGCUUUAAAAAGCUAGAAAAUUAUAUCAAGAAUCACCUAAUGGAACAAAAAAUGUUGCAAGAGACAACAAACGCGGAGGACGUUGAAACAUGUAAUGUACGUCGGGAGAUGGCUCGUGACACAUUGAAGGACUAUAAGACUAUUGAGAGGAUAAUAGCCACGAGGGUAUCGUCCCCUGGAGGGAGUACAACGGGCAGGAAUUACGAGUAUCUAUGUAAAUGGAAGCGGUUGCCGUAUAGUGACUGCACGUGGGAGAGCGCGGAAUUAAUUCAGAGGGACUUUCAAGCUGAAAUCGAUGCGUUUUUGGAUAGGAAUAAUAGUCAGCGUCUGCCACACAAAAGUAAACCUCAUACUCAGAAGAGACCCACGUUCAAACGAAUAACAGAACAACCACCGUACAUCGUCGGCGGAGAAUUGAGAGAUUUUCAAUUGACUGGUUUGAAUUGGCUGGCUCAUCUUUGGUCAAAGAACGAAAAUGGAAUACUUGCGGAUGAGAUGGGUCUUGGUAAAACCAUACAAACAAUCUCCUUUCUCUCCUACCUCCUCCACACACAUAACCAAUACGGUCCGUUUCUUGUUGUCGUUCCGCUAUCCACAAUAGCGUCAUGGCAGCAAGAAUUUCAAACGUGGGCUCCAGAUUUGAAUGUUAUAGUGUACAUUGGUUCAUCGGCUAGUCGCGAGGUCAUUCGGGAAUACGAGUUUUAUCUCCAAUCUUCGCCGAAACGUCCAAAGUUUAACGUUUUAAUAACUACCUACGAAUUUAUCCUGAAAGAUCGACAAGAGCUUGGAUCGAUAAAAUGGCAAUACCUUGCCGUCGAUGAAGCGCACAGACUAAAAAACAGUGAAUCACAACUACAUGAAGUAUUGUCAGAGUUUCAUACAGUAAACCGGCUAUUGAUAACAGGAACACCUUUACAAAAUUCCGUAAAAGAACUUUGUUCGUUAGUAAACUUUUUAAUGCCUGAUUUCCAGUUACCAUCUGACAUUGAUCUCGGAGCUCCUGAUGAGGAACAGGAAGCCAAGAUCAGAGAGUUGCACAAGAGUCUUGAGCCUUACAUGUUGCGACGGUUGAAAAAGGACGUUGAGAAAUCUCUUCCCCAGAAAACGGAGCGCAUACUUCGAGUCGAGUUGGCACCACUGCAGAUGCACUAUUACAAGCACAUUCUCACAAAGAACUUUAAUGUUCUAAAUGACGGUGUCAGAGGCUCGUCUCAGAUGAGUCUGCUUAAUAUUGCAGUGGAACUAAAGAAAGCCAGUAACCACCCUUAUUUGUUUCCCAAUGCCGAGAGUUGGACAACUAGUCGUGAAGAACAACUGCGUGGUCUGAUCAUGAACAGUGGAAAGAUGGUCUUGUUAGACAAACUACUGAAGAGACUGCGGGAAUCUAAUCAUAGAGUACUCAUAUUUUCUCAGAUGGUUCGAAUGUUGGACAUUUUAACAGACUAUCUUCGUCUUCGUGGCUACCCUCAUCAACGCCUUGAUGGGGGAAUCGGGUCAGAGGCGCGUAAGAAGGCUAUUGAGCAUUUCAAUGCUCCAGGAUCUCCUGACUUUAUAUUUUUGUUGUCAACAAGGGCAGGAGGUCUUGGAAUUAAUUUGAAUACGGCAGACACUGUGAUUAUAUUUGAUUCUGAUUGGAAUCCGCAAAAUGAUUUGCAGGCAAUGGCUCGGGCACAUCGUAUCGGUCAAAAAAAUCACGUAAACGUAUAUCGCUUUCUUACAAAAGAUACAAUCGAAGAAAGUAUCCUCGAACGUGCAAAACGCAAGAUGGUUCUCGAAUACUGUAUCAUCAAGCAAAUGGACACUUCAGGCCAAUCUCUUUUACAAAAGAAAGAUAAAGCUACCUCGUCAAAGCCCGACAAUUUUAGUCGAGAAGAUUUGAGCGCCAUCCUCAAAUUCGGAGCUCAAAAUAUGUUCAAAGAGACCGAAGGCCAAAAGAAAUUAGAUGACAUGGACCUCGAUGACAUCCUCGCUCGUGCCGAGACGCAUGAUACAGUGGGAGAUGGAGUCAGUUCGAGUUUUGGCGGGGAAGAGUUUCUGAAGCAGUUUCAAGUGGCAGACUAUGGUGGUACAGAUAUGUCAUGGGAGGAGAUAAUUCCAGAAGAGGAAAGGAAGAAGAUGGCUAAUGGAGAAUCCUUAAUACCUGAAGCGAAACCGGUCGUAGAGAACGAAGAAUAUGAAAAUAAGGGCGGGUUAAAACGUGCAGCCAAGGAGAAGACGCACAGCCGAAAGGGUGUCAAGAAACAAAAGGUUUCUGGGAGAAAGAAAUCAGCUUCACCUGAAUUGACGCAAAAGGAAAUCCGUGCCUUAAUACGCGGUAUUUUGAAAUUUGGUAAUCCUCAUCAGCGAUAUGACGAUGUAGUUCGAGACGCAGAUUUGCAAGACAAAGAACGUGAAUUAGUGUUACAGGUAUACGACGAGAUAUACGCUGCAGCGGAAAAGGCUGUCCGUGAUCAUGAUUCCGUUAAUGGCGGAACUAAUGCUCGAGCAAAAGCUAUCCAUACCUCAUACAAUAAUGUUGAAAAGAUAAAUGCCGGAUUGUUAAUACAACGUGUUGGCGAUCUUAAUGUUCUCUAUGAGAAGCUUAGUAAAGUGCCAAAUCUCGAGAAAUUCCGUUUCAACGUUCCAUUAAAGCCUGUCAAUAAUUGGCACUGUGACUGGGGCCAGAAAGAAGAUGCGAUGCUAAUGGCUGGUAUAUAUAAACAUGGAUUUGGCAGUUGGCGAGCUAUACGGGAAGACGCCUCUCUUGGUCUUGCGAAAAAACUUAGCGAGGAAGAGACCGAAGAAGAAAACACGUCAGCUAAACAGACGGCAAAAGUUGUAAGAAGGGCAGAGUAUCUAAUGAAAGUCUUGCGUGAAGCACCGUCAGAAGAACAUACACCGAAAAAAAGCCGAAGGAUAAAGAUACGCAUAGCUUCACAAGAAGCAUCAGCCACUCCUCCGGACAAUGUUACGACGAAAGCAUCAAAGCGAAAAUCGAAUAUUCCAGACGAAGGUUCGCCAUCAUCUCGAAAGAAACCCAAAGCAUCUGUUGAAGUGGUAGAAUCUUCUGACGAUGAAUUUGAAGACUUGGAUGAGGAACAGGAGAAGACGUGUAAAGAACUUUUAAGACCAGUUAGAAAGUAUUUGCAAAAGUUGAAGAAGGAUUCGGUUCGCUAUACGGGCAAAGAAAAGGCGCGAUUACUUAAAGAGUGCGUUCGAACUAUAGGUGCCCGUAUUGGAGAAAUUCUUAAUGAGAAACGUUCAGACGCAGAGAAAACUCGUUGGCGUAGAUACUUGUGGACAUUUGUCACUUAUUUCUGGCCUGCUCAAAUAGCGCCCACGAAACUCAUCACGCUUUAUGAUAAACUCGAGCGAUCUGAGCGUUCAGAUGAAGCACGUACAUAA